AUGUCAAAAAUUAGAAGGAAGGUCACAGUGGAAAAUACCAAGACCAUAUCCGAUAGCACAUCCCGAAGACCCAGUGUGUUUGAAAGGCUUGGACCCAGCACUGGAAGUACUGCAGAGACACAGUGCCGUAACUGGCUGAAGACUGGCAACUGCCUCUAUGGGAACACAUGUAGAUUCGUACAUGGCCCUUCACCACGAGGUAAAGGCUAUAGCAGCAGUUAUAGAAGGUCACCAGAAAGACCCACUGGAGAUCUUCGGGAAAGAAUGAAGAACAAACGUCAAGACGUUGAGGCAGAGCCACAGAAACGAAGUACAGAGGAAUCGUCCUCUCCUGUUAGGAAAGAGUCUUCACGAGGAAGACAUAGAGAAAAGGAAGAUAUCAAAAUCACAAAGGAGAGAACACCAGAAAGUGAAGAGGAAAAUGGGGAUUGGGAAACAAAUAGAGAAGACUCUGAUAAUGGAGAUGUUAAUUAUGAUUAUGAUCAUGAGCUGUCUUUGGAAAUGAAGCGCCAAAAGAUUCAGAGAGAACUCAUGAAGUUGGAACAGGAAAACAUGGAGAAACGAGAGGAAAUAGUCAUUAAAAAAGAGAUUUCUCCAGAGGUGGUUAGAUCUAAAUUAUCACCAUCACCAAGAAAGUCUAGCAAAUCUCCAAAACGAAGAUCCAGUCCCAAAUCAUCAUCUUCAGCUAGUAAGAAGGAGAAGAAAGCAUCUACUGUGUCUUCCCCGCUUUUGGAUCAACAGAGGAGUUCUAAAAGUAACCAGAGUAAAAAGAAAGGCCCUCGUACCCCUAGUCCUCCUCCUCCAGUACAAGAGGAAACUCCCCUGGGGAAAAAACACAAAGAAAAACAUAAAGCAAAAGAACGUUCAGAAGAAAAGGCAAGGGAGGUGAAAGAGAGAGGACGUGACUUUGAACGGCACAAGGAGAAAAAAGAGAAGCAGAGGUCUGCUUCCCCAUCAGGUCAGCAUCAUUCUCCCAUAUCCUCCAGACAUCACUCCUCUUCAUCACAGUCAGGCUCCUCUGUUCAAAGACAUUCUCCUUCCCCACACCGCAAAAGAACUCCUUCUCCAUCCUACCAAAGGACAGCCUCCCCACCUGCAAGGCGAUCAUCUUCUCCCUAUCCCCCACACUCGUCCUCUUCUCCUCAGAGGAAGCGAAGCCCUUCAAGACACCGAUCUCCUGGAAGAGAAAAGGGAAGACAUGAUCGUGAUCGAACUUCACAGUCUCAUGAUAGGCGCCAUGAAAGACGGGAUGAAACUAGAGGGAAAAGGGAAAAAGAAAGAGAAACAAGAGAUGAUCGUGAUUAUGACCAGGAGCAGAGUACCUCCAGGGAUCAUAGAGAUGACAGAGAGUCACGUGAUGGAAGAGAUCGGAGGGAGACAAGAGACAACAGAGAUCGGAGGGAGACAAGGGAAUCCAGAGACACUCGAGACUCCAGAGAUACGAGGGAUUACAGCAGAGAUACCAAAGACAGUCGUGAUCAGAGAGAGUCGCGCUCCACACGAGAUUCUCAUGACUACAGAGACAGAGAGAGUCGUGAUGCCCAUAAAAAGGAUGACCAGUAUCAGGAGGACUCGCGCAGCUAUGGAAGAUCCCAUGGCAGAGAGGAGAGCUCUCGUGCUGAAACAAGGAAUGACUCCAGAAGUGACUCCAGAAACGAGAGCAGAAGUGAUAGAACUGGCAGAAGUCGAGGCAGAGGUCCAGAACUAUCUGAAAAGGGAAGCCGGGGGACUAGAGGAUCCCAGGUCGAUGGUCACAGCAGUAGUGGAAACUACCAUGACAGCUGGGAAUCAAGGAGUAGCUAUGCUGAUCGGGAUCGCUAUGAUAGUCGAGAACAAGCAAGGGAUUCCUCCUUUGAAAGAAGACAUGGUGAACGGGACAGGCGUGACAACAGAGAAAGAGAUCAGAGAGCAAGCUCACCGAUACGACAUCAAGGACGAAGUGAUGACCUUGAGCGGGAUGAAAGAAGAGAAGAGCGAAGGGUAGAUCGGUCUGAUGAUAGGAGAGAUGAAAGGGCCCGGGAGAAGGAAAGAGAGUUGGAACGAGAUCGUGCUCGGGAACGGGAGAGGGAGAGAGAGCGGGACAAAGACAGGGACCGCGAGCGUGACCGAGACAGGGACCAUGACAGGGAAAGGGAACGAGAACGGGAGAGGGAGAAGGAACGAGAGCGAGAGCGGGAGGAACGAGAAAGGGAGCGAGAGCGUGAAAGAGAUCGAGAGCGGGAACGAGAAAGGGAGAGAGGUCGGGACAGGGAUAAAGAAAGAGAUCGCCAGAGAGACUGGGACGACAGAGAAAAAGGAAGGGAAGACCGCAGGGAUAAGAGAGAAGAUAUCAGAGAAGAAAGAAGUUCAAGAGAUGUCCAUGAGGAAAGAAAAUCCAAGAAGCGCCACAGAAAUGAAAGCAGUCCAAGUCCUCGUCAGUCACCCAAACGUCGUCGUGAGCACUCUCCUGACAGUGAUGCUUACAACAGUGGAGAUGAUAAAAAUGAAAAGCACAGACUUCUGAGCCAGGUUGUGCGGCCACAGGAAUCCCGGUCACUGAGCCCCUCUCAUGUUACAGAGGAGCGUCAGAGUCGCUGGAAAGAAGAAGAGCGAAAAUCAGACAGAAAGGAAAGUUCCCGGCGUUACGAAGAACCAGAGUUUAAAGAGAGGGUUUCUUCAGCGGAUAAACAAAGAGAGCAACCAGAUACUUCAGAAAGCUCCCGGUCCAGGGUUCAGGAAAAUCUUGGACACCGCCCCUCUGAAGAAAGAGAUGCUUCUGAUAGAAUGCAUGAUGACAGCAAGAAGAAGUCUAAAAUACAGAAAAAGGCCACAAAGAAGAAGAAAGAUGAUGACAGUGUGGUGGAAAGGUACGCUAAUGAAUCGACGACUGAGGAAAGCCAGGUCUUUUCGCCCAAGAAAGGUCAAAAAAAGAAAAACGUAGAGAAAAAGCGGAAGAGGUCCAAGGGUGAUUCUGAAGUUUCUGAUGAAGAAAUUGUUCCACAUCAUAAAAAGAAGAAAGGCCCGAGAACCCCCCCUGUAACAAAGGAAGAAUUGGUUGAAGCACCACCUCAGAAAGCUGUGGCAGAAGUCCCCCAAAAAAGAGAAGAUACAACGUUUAGUGACUGGUCAGAUGAAGAUGUUCCUGAACGCGGUGACAUUGUUGUUCCAGAGAGAAGCAAUGAGGACUCCCAUAGAAAAAGUCACAGGACAAGGGGAGAAAAGGUGGAAGCUCCUCAUGUUACGAUAGAUGACGGCCCACACCGUAAACCUGUGGAUCAGAAGCGCAGCAGCAGCCUUGGUAGCAAUCGGAGCCAUGCUUCAAGCAGACUUAGAUCCCCUUCCAAUGAGUCAGCUCAUCGCAGUGGAGACGACCAGACUGGACGGAAGAGGAUCCUGCACAGUAGCUCUAGAGACAGGGAUAGGGACAGGGACAGGGACAGAGAGAAGAAGAGCUUAGAAAUCACUGGGGAACGCAAGUCCAGAAUUGAUCAGUUGAAACGAGGGGAACCCAGUCGCAGCACAUCUUCAGAUCGUCAAGAUUCAAGAAGCCACAGUUCAAGAAGAAGCUCUCCUGAAUCAGAUCGUCAGGUCCAUUCCAGAUCUGGGUCCUUUGAUAGCAGGGAAAGGCUUCAGGACCGAGAUCGACAUGAACAUGAUCGCGAACGAGAGAGAGACAGGAGAGAGGGAAGACAGAGAGACUGGGACCGAGAUGUUGACAAAGACUGGCCGAGGAGCAGGGAACGAGAGAGACUCAGAGAACGAGAGAGGGAGAGGGAGAAAAGACGGGAGCUGGACAGAGAGAGAGAGAGACAACUACCCGAUACUACUGAAAGAGAGAGAGACAGAACUCUUGACAUCUCCUCUCAAAAAGAAUCAACAAAACACAGUGAAACGAAACUGGACAGAGAUCACGAAAAAGAAUUUGAUGGUGUUUGUCGGGAUUCGGUGGCCUCAGAGAAGGAAAGAGCAGACAAAGAUCUAGGACCUUUACAAGGUUUUGACGACGGAAAUGAGGCCGAAAAGGUAGAGAGUUUAGAAGGAGGAGAAGAUGAAGCAAAGAUUGAUGAUAUACAGUCACUGGGAUCUGGUGCUGGAGAAUACGAGCCAAUCAGUGAUGAUGAACUGGAUGAAAUUCUGGCAGGUGAUGCUGAAAAGCGGGAGGAUCAACAGGAGGAUGAGAAGAUGCCUGAUCCUGUGGAUGUUAUAGAUGUAGAUUGGUCCAGUCUUAUGCCAAAGCAGCCAAAAGAACCACGGGAGCCUGGGGCUGCGCUCUUAAAAUUCACACCGGGUGCUGUUAUGUUAAGAGUUGGCAUUUCUAAGCGAUUGGCAGGACCAGAACUCUUCACCAAAAUCAAAGAGACUUGCCAGAGAGUGUUAGAAAAACCUAAAGAUGCAGAAAACCUUUUUGAACAUGAACUGGGGGCCCUAAACAUGGCUGCGCUUCUACGAAAAGAAGAGAGAGCAGGUCUUCUCAGUAACCUGGGUCCCUGCUGUAAAGCGCUGUGCUUUCGAAGGGACUCUGCAAUCCGUAAGCAGCUUAUGAAGAAUGAAAAGGGUGCAACAAAGCAAACUUACACAAAUUCUGCGGCAAUGGACAGUGACUUGUUACGGUUGAGUCUCCGGUUAUUCAAACGAAAGACUGUGUGCCAAGUUCCUGGGCAGGAAAAGACAGAGGACAGUAAAAUUCCCCAGCCGGCUAUCCAGCAAGAAGUGUGUGUGUCUUGAGCAAAUGACCGUGGUGGCAUUUUGUAGUUGAUUUUCCCCUGCUGAUGUUGGUAUUGAUGUUUAGAACUGGUUGGUUGGAAAGCAGCCAUAGAAGAUGGUGGAAAAUACUCCCUUUGUACACAGAUAAGAAUUAAUGGAUUUGGAUGUGAAUAAAAGGGGUAAAAAAUUAAGACAUCUGUGUGAACUUCUCUGCAAGUUUUGUAAUAUUGAAUCUUACACUGUAACAUAAACCUGUUUUAUGGUGCAUCAUGUGUAAUAAUGUGAAGAUGUCUUGUUUUAGCAGUUUAUAACAGCACCUGAUAUUAAACUGAAGAAAACUG